UCCACACAGCAGCAGCGAUAUGGCUGAUCAUCACCGGACGGGACGGUGCUGAUUAUGAGCGAAAGUAAAGACGAAUAAUGCGUUAUUACAGGCCAACAAUGCAGUCACUCAGGCGAGGGGACACCGCGACGCACCGCAAAACACUGGGAUAAGAGUUAUCCGACGGGUAAUAGGCAAUCUGGUGUGUUUUACGGCAAAGUAGUUGGAGGAACUUGUCGCAGUGGAUUCAUCCCAGCGUGUGCUGCCUGGAUUAUCAUACACAAGUGGAACAAUAGUCUCCUGCAGCACAAACACUAGCAGCCUGUGGGCUCCGCUGGUGUGGCUGAGAAGAUGGACAGGAUGAAGAUAAUCAAGCGGAGGCUGUCCAUGUCUCUACGUAGCGCUCGGCCCGUCGACGACUCCCUCUCCGAACUGGCAGAACAAAUGGCGUUGGACGAGCCGACCACAGCCAGGGACAAUGAGCCCAUGGUGGUGUGCGCCGUGCACCCUCCCGCCUCCCAUAGUGCUCCUUCCUUCCUGCGUCAAUAUGCUGGUCACCUGGGCCGCACCGCCCUGCGCAGAGAACCAGGUGGUGGGCUUGAAAGAGACAGAGCCUACCUGAGCCUGCACAGGACUGGAUCUCUGGGUAUCGUCCAUGAGAAUGUGAAGAUGGGUUCAGAUGGGGAGAGUGACCAGGCGUCUGGGACAUCUUCUGAUGAGGUCCAGAGUCCAGUCAGGGUCCGUAUGAGGAACAACCACCAUCGACGCAUCUCUAAUGAGGACAUAAACAAACGUUUGUCUCUCCCAGCUGAUAUCAGGCUACCGGAGGGCUACUUGGAGAAGUUUGCCAUGAACAGCCCGCCCUUUGACAAACCCAUGAGCCGCAGGCUACGACGCGCUUCACUGUCUGAAAUCGGCUUUGGGAAACUUGAGACCUACAUCAAACUGGACAAACUAGGAGAGGGGACCUACGCUACUGUGUUUAAGGGCCGAAGCAAGUUAACAGACAAUUUAGUGGCUCUGAAAGAGAUCCGACUGGAGCAUGAGGAGGGUGCGCCGUGCACAGCUAUCCGAGAAGUGUCUCUACUGAAAGACUUGAAGCACGCCAAUAUUGUCACCCUCCAUGACAUUAUCCACACUGACAAGUGCCUGACACUCGUGUUUGAGUACCUGGAAAAAGACCUGAAGCAGUACAUGGAUGACUGUGGCAGCAUCAUGAGUGUUCACAAUGUCAAGAUCUUUCUGUUCCAGCUGUUACGAGGUCUGGCGUACUGCCACAGAAGGAAGGUCCUCCACAGAGACCUUAAACCCCAGAACCUGCUCAUCAACGAAAAAGGAGAACUCAAACUGGCAGACUUUGGUUUGGCACGAGCCAAGUCUGUCCCUACGAAGACCUAUUCGAAUGAAGUCGUGACAUUAUGGUACCGACCACCAGAUGUGCUUCUGGGCUCCACUGAGUACUCUACACCCAUUGACAUGUGGGGUGUGGGCUGUAUCUUUUAUGAAAUGAUCACGGGCAGACCUCUCUUCCCUGGAUCGACCGUGGAGGAUGAGCUUCACCUCAUAUUCCGCAUCCUUGGUACUCCUACAGAAGAGACUUGGCCAGGUAUCACCACCAGUGAAGAGUUUAAGACAUACAAUUUCCCCCGAUACCACGCAGAACCCCUCGUCAACCACGCACCCAGAAUAGACAACGAUGGACAUGACUUGCUCUCAGUGCUUCUACAGUUUGAGGCUAAGAAGCGUGUAUCCGCUGAGGACGCUCUCAGACACUCGUAUUUUAGAAGUCUUGGAGAGCAGGUCCAAACACUGGCUGACACUGCAUCCAUCUUCUCCGUAAAAGGCAUUCAGCUCCAGAGAGAUCCAGGAAAGAGAUCCUCAGUCUAUCCAGAGUCAAUCCUGUUUAGGUUUCUGCAGCGAGAGAUGUAGCCUUUUUGUUAAGUCUCCCAGGGGAAGAGCAGGAGGCAGAGUGUGUUGUUUUAGUGCUGGCGGGGGCGCUGAGGUGAGGAGGACAGUGACACUUGGAGCUGUCCUGUCAGACAUACAUUCACUGACCCUGCCACACACACACUGAAGGAGCGACACACACUCUGCCGUAUAAAGACACACACACACACACAUAUUGAAGACAAAAACAAACACAUACACACAGCAUAACAAAAACAAAAUCACACAGAACUAAGGCUGAAGAAUUGAUACUUGACUUAAGAAAAAAUAAAGACUCGGUUCAACCCUAUAGACAGAAAAAUUAAAAUCGAGACAAGUGCGUGAUGCUCGAAGAAAAGUGGAAGAGUCCAAGUCUCUCCUUGCUGCUGCUACCACUGCUGUCCAGAAGAGGGCAGCGUUGUGGGCUGACUCGGGUUUUUGAACAGAACUUUGCUGCAUCAGUCCGCUGUGGGGAAGAAGGAAUGAAAGUGGACAUCAUUCAAAGGCAAAGAAAGAGAGAGGAGCCCCGUGGCUCCCUUUUGUGAUUUUUGUUUUUCUUUCGGACUGUCGUUGUACAUAAAGAGACUGAGAAGAACUGAGUAGAACUCUGCUUUUUCAUAACACGCCUCAGCCUGAAUCCAAACUCUGAAUAUUGCCCUUUGCACCUAAGCCCUAGACCCUCGCCUAACCUCUUGGCCCUUUAUUACAUGAUCUUUAAAAAUAUGACACACACACACACACACACACACACACACACACACACACACAAUCUCUCUCUCUCUCUCUCUCUCUCUCUUUUCUCAUUCUCUAUCUUUCUGAUUCUUUCUUAAAUACACAAACAAACAUGCACAUGCACACACACACACACACACACACACACACUUGAAAGUUCACUUGAAAGUUUAAAAGUGCGUAGAUCAUUGGAGUUUACAGAAAUAAACUUUAGCACCUUAUUGUCCGGUCAGGGUCAGGGUGGUCGUCAUUACGAUACCUCAUCAGUCACUCAAGCAGAGUAGGAUGUAAAGUACACACUAAAUAUUAGAGUGAAGAAGAAUCAAACAAAAUAAACCAAAAAAAAAAAAAACAACAACUCACUAUGGGAAAA